AUUUUUUGGUGGAAACUCGUUGGACAAAUUCUAAACAGAGGGAGUAGUAGUAAGGAAGAAGGUGGGAUUAGAAUCUCAGACAUACUGCUCUCAUUCUCCCUCACCAUGAGAAGUUAGGUCGACUACCAUCUUCCUUGUCUUCUUGCACAACAGUUCCUUCUAGGGUUCUCAGUUGCGCUUCAGAUUCUCAACACUCUGGUGAAGAGCCGCCUAACCCAAAAUCUCCAGUAAGGUUGGAAAAGUAGUAAGGCAUUUAAAUGUUGGGAAAAGGAAGGAAGAUUUCUGGUAGGGGAGAGACAGUGGCAGCAAAUUAUGCUUUUGGCCCACUUGAAGAUGAUGUGAUUAUUAAACACAGGCUUCUCACUCGCACAACAACAACAAGAGGUGAACCCCCAUUGAAGAAACUUCAGAAGAAGUUUACCUCAUUUAUAAUUGAGGUCGAGAAGGAUGAUGAUAACUAUAAUGACUGUGCAAAACUUUCUAAAGCAUUCUUACAAGAGUUGGCCACUUUUGAGAUUCCACUCCUCAAGAGUAAAGCCGUUAUUGAUGCAAACAUUAGAGAGAAGGAGAACUUCAAUGAUUUGAAAGAUGAAAUAAAUAGGCAGAUAUUGCAGGCUCAGGCUGAUAUAGAAGAUCUAAAGAAACAGCUUGAGGAGAGUAAGAUUGAGAGGCAACACAAGGAGGAGUGUGAGGCUAUUAGAAAACUGAUUGCUUUGCAGCCACCAAGAUCAGAGACACAGAAGACAAUAACAGAGCUGGAGAAAGAGAUUGCAGCAUUAGAGGCAGAGAAUACAGCUGGUUCAAGGUUGCUGGAGCUUCGCAAGAAGCAGUUUGCUCUUUUGUUGCAUGUGGUUGAUGAGCUGCAAAAUACCAUAGAGGAGGAGCAAAAGAAUUUGAUCGAGGAGAUGAGAAUGGCAACUGAAGAGCAAAAGAGCGGUAUGGAGGAUGCCAGUGGGGGUUCAGAAGCCAUGGCUGUUGAUUAGUUCUAUCUAUCCAUCUAACUUCUGCAGUAAUUUGUAAUGUUGUGUAGCUACUAAAAUCUACGGUGAGAAUCGCACAUUUAUUUUGAAGUUGAACAUCAGGAAUUUUUGCCUUUUUGUUUGCUUUUGUCUGUUAACAAAAAGUUUGAAUCACUAGUUGACAAUUAGAGUGAGAUCUUUCAGAACAUUCUAUAAUGCUUGACAGAGACAAUGGUGCUUUGAUAAUCAAGAUUUGAUAAUUUUGAUUUGUCCUUGAUCAAUGUGAUUCAAUCCUUGUAUUUGUUAAUCAAGAAUUGAUUUUUAGGAUAAACUAUGUGGAUGUAAUUCCUCACUAUUAUCUUUGUCCUAUCACCCAUGACUUGUU